GUUGCCGUGGAGAAUGGCGGUGGUCGAGACUAGAGAACGGACAAACUUGACUACGCUGUUGCAAGUUGCAAGCCAGCCAGCCAGCCAUCGAGGAGAGCACGGUGAGGAACAUUUCUCUGAAUUUUCCCACUGGCUGAAAGUUGUCACCCCGUCGGUACAAAGGGGGAGGGUGAGUUUAGCCAUGGCAAAUUGGGAUCAUGCGUUGAUUUAUACACUACUUUCCGUGGUGAAAGCAGCAAGGGAAUCAAACACCUGUUUCCUAGAAUUUGUCCAGUCCAUGUGUUGCUCGUGCUGUGUGCAAAAUUCUCUGUUUUCUGAACAGGACUCAGACACGCCUCUGCUGAAGUAUUUGGACCUCGCAAGUUGUAGAUUCCAUCGGUCCUCCAAUCUGUUUCCUACUUUUUAAGGAUUCAUUGAGGAGGUAUCUCACAUUUGUUCGUGGUAUCAGCGAAAAGAAGAUAAACUCUUAAUUGGAAACUUGCGGGAAAAAUUAAACUUAGACAUUCACUAAGUGAUUAAAGGCAGAUUAAAAGCAGCUUUGUCCCUACUGCCCAAUGCAACCAAUCAUAUAUGUACACACGAUGUCAAGUGCGAAACGAGGAAUCGUGGCUAGUUAUUCUGCAGUCCACUCUCCCUGAUUGCUCAACCGGGGAGUAGCCUCAUUUGUUCCAAUCAUGUAGGGAUUUCAUUUAUGUACCUGAAUUAGAACUGGUAACCAAUCAGAGUUCACUACUUGGACUUAUCUGCAAGCUAUGUAACUGCAAUUCUACCCUAAAUUGCUCAUAUAAUAAAAUGUAGCAGAGUAUCGUGUCCCGGCAAUGCAGGCAGUUUCCUGAUAUCGCGGAGUGCAGGCAGAGGAAGUGCUGAUAGAGAUAACGUGAAGAGAUUGUGAGACCGACUAACACAGCUGAGGAACAGCAGGUGGGGGACACAGCCGCCUCAUGUCAGAGCGAGAACUCCGGUCUUGAAAUGAUCAUGUCACCCAACGACGUAAACAACAAUGUUGAACGAGAGGAGGAUCUGGAGGGUGAAAUAAGUCUUCAAACCUUGGAAGUUCAACCUGAGUUUCAUGAAUUUGACGCAGUUUGAGAUUGGCCCUGUUUGCAACUUUCUACUGAGAACGGCAGGGCCCAAUCAUUUAGAGGCGGUUGCUGAUUAGGCGGGCAGGGAUAUUUCUUGCCUCUGUUUGUAUCUUUUGAUGGUUCACACGAUCGUCCUUCCUCCCAUGCGUCACCUUUUUUUCUUCUAAGUUUGGUCUAUACAGCUGUUUUGGAUAGUAAUUUGAGAAGCGCUCAUCACGCACAUUACGAGCCGGAAGAGAAGUUUGGAGAUCAGAGGGACAAAACUCGGGAAAGCACAAGUUCGACCCUCACAGAAGGCAUGGUGUCUCGACUGUGAAAGAACAGGUCACGUCGCAAGAAAGGACUCACAAAACCAUUGUUCAUCAUAGACGUGUCUGGAAUCAAGUCUUGAAGUUGAUGCAAUCGGCGGCACAAGAUUGAAAACUCUCUCACGCUGUCCGAGGGAUUGGCCACCACUGUUGGGAUCUCAUUCAGAGCUGGUCACCAUCGACAAACUACCUCCAUCCUGGACGUUCUCAUUUUUG